GUUCCUCUCCGCAAAUUUAAGGUCAAAGUAGGUGAGCAAUCUUUCACACUGCAUGAUCGGUGAGAGGACAGUCUCAAGAUCAUCGGUUACGAAGAUGAAUCGGUUGCAUUUAAAUUGAGUUGGCACGACCAUAAGGCCCAUCUCAUCGAGGGCAGCCGCACCUUUCACCAACGGAAUUGAAGUGAAGUCUUGUAUCGAAGUGGUCAACCUUGGGAGGACGUUCCCGAGGUAGAGAUAGGAGCAACUGCGAGGAGUAAGUAUAGGAAUAAGCUGCUAAAACCGUGGCAUAUUUUUGUGGAGAGGUUGUUGAAUCGUCAAAGACCUACAACCGCCUGAUUUUUUUUGAUUUAGACUUUUUUGCUUUCUACUUCAUUUAUUUUUGAUGUGAUUUAGUUUACUAGCUUAUUCCGGUAGGUACGAUAAUAGUUGCUUUCGCUUUCAAAAGCCCGUGGCGCUACCUGUUGUAAAGAUUGAUCAUGUUCUUGCCCGUGGUCCUCUUUGAGGAGUUGUUUCAUCGUCACCAUCUGUAAUCUAUCUUCGAUUGAGUUAGAUCAGAUUCUUCAUCAUUCUUAAUUCUUAAUCAAGUCUACUACUCUCUUUGCUCCUUCUCUGAAGCGCAUGCUUUCUCUGCGCCCAGCCAAGCUCCUGGUGCGUUGACUAAAAUGUCGAAAGGGGGAGUGCUGUAUUAUAUUUGUAGGCCCUAUACCUGGCUCCAGAAUAGGUAAAUCAAUCAAUCAAUGAUCAAUCAAUGAAUCAAUCAAUUCGCACAACAAGACGUCGAAGCUAUUCAGAAAAGUGUGGCUAUCUUCGUGGUCCUCCUCCUGUGGAAGAAAAAAGUGGACUUUGAGAACUGCUCUCUAGUACUUUGAGAUCGCUAGCUGCUGAGCAGGAAGUUUAUGGGCAACCGGCAGUGGUUACUGCUUUUCAAGGGGAGUGCUUUUUUUUGUCAUGUGGAAGAUCCUCCUCCAGUACUGCAGUCUAAGAAAAAGAUUACAACAGGGCAAGAUUGAUAGAGAUUACAAGUAGGGGAACAUGGAGAUUACGAGGGCAACAUGGAGAGACUCGAAGAAGAGCAGGCGGUGGGUCGUCAAUUAGAAGAAGGCGAAGAAACCACGACCGAUGCGUUGGUUGCGUUCCGUCAAUUGGAAGUAGAACGGGGAACUUCAAUCAUUAGAAAGGCGGAUCCAUCGUGCAAUGUUCAGCUUUUUUUGUCUGUAAGGUCUACUCUUUUUUUGUCUAAGGUCUACCUGAUUGCUGAGGAUCGUCAGCAGGAAUACAUAAACAAUUCGUGGACACGGGUUCCUCAGCAUCGAGUACUUCGACUUCAUCAAGUUCUACGAGUUCGAGUACUUCGACUUCAAGUUCUACGAGUUCGAGUACUUCGACGUCUGCAUCGUCAUUAA